AAUGGGCAACAAGGAAACCAGAGAACUGUGAUGAAGCAUGUGCAGUACCGCGAGGAGCCACCAGAUGGCGGUUGGGGCUGGUUCGUCGUCCUCAGCAGCUUCCUCGGCCACUUCAGUGUUGUCGGUGUCGCCAAGUCAUUCGGCGUCUUCUUCCCGUACUUUCUUGAGGCGUUCGGAGAAGACGCAAGAAACACAGCCUGGGUCAGCUCUAUACAAGGAGCAACCGCUUUGUGUGGCUCGGUAUUUACCGGUGCCCUGACAAACGUGUUCGGCUGCAGAGCUGUGGUGAUGGCGGGAAGUCUGGUGGCCGGCUCGGGUCUCCUCUCAAGUUUCUUCGUCACCAGUUUACCCGCCAUGUAUGUCACUGCAGGAUUUGUCACAGGUGUGGGUUUCUCGUUAAUGUACACACCUUGCCUGACCAUGGUAGGCAGGUACUUCAUGGCUCUAGCGAACGGCCUUGGCGUGACAGGAACUGGACUUGGUACUUUCAUUCUCCCGCCAUUUUUCCAGUACAUCAUUGACGAGUAUGGCUGGCGGGGAGCCCUACUUAUAACCGCAGGGGUGGCCCUGCAAGGGCUGGUGUUUGGAGCGUUGCUACGACCAAUCUACCUCAAGGAGGAUGUCGAUAACCAUACUGCCAAAACUCCUCAAGACAAAAGUGGAUGCUGUGCGCGCUUAUUCAACUUUUCCCUCUUCAAAAUACCGUUUUUCGCUGUCUUUGCAAUUUCUAAUGUCUUCUUGUUCUUCGGUACCUUCAUCCCGUAUGUGCACCUCGUUGCCCACGCGAGAAAUGCCGGGAUAGACGCACAGAGGGCUGCUUUCCUGAUCUCAGUCAUCGGCAUUGCCGAUGGAGUAUCUAGACUAGUGUACGGCUGGCUGUCCGACCUGGGGUUGUUUGUUCGCCUGCGGGGCUACCUCGUGUGCCUGCUGGCGUUGAGCCUUAGCCUGUUGUGCUUGCCUGUAGCGGAGACGUACCCUGCCAUGGUGGUUUGCUGCCUGUGUUUCGGGCUGUCUAUCGGCAGCUACAACACCCAGACAGCGGUGUUCCUGGCAGAGUUCUGCGGAGUGAGCCGGCUUGCCAGCGCAGUGGGGAUUGUGUACGGACUCGGAGGGUUACCCACACUGUUCGGGCCUCCAAUUGCAGGUUAUCUGUAUGACGUGACCGGAAACUACAACGCGUCGUUCUACGUGGCCGGAAGUGCCGUCUUCUUCAGCGUACUUCUCAUGACGUCAGUGGAAAUUUACCUCACCAGAACUGCGCAUGCCCGGGAGUAUCACGAGAGAACAGUUAAUGGUGACCUUGACCUUGCAGCAUCCGGAACAGACAAGGGCAUAGAAGAGUCGAAGGGGUUAAAUGAGGACAUGAAGAACUGCAAGGCACCGUUUCUUGUACAAGAGACAACAGUGACUGUGAUGAAGAGUGUGCAGUACCGCGAAGAGCCGCCAGAUGGCGGUUGGGGCUGGUUCGUCGUCCUCAGCAGCAUCCUGUGCCACUUCAGCAUUGUCGGUCUCGCCAAGUCGUUUGGUGUCUUCUUCCCGUACUUUCUUGAGGCGUUUGGAGAAGACGCGAGAACCACGGCCUGGGUCAGCUCUAUACAAGGAGCGACAUGUUUCUUCGGCUCGGUGUUUACCGGCGCCCUGACGAACGUGUUCGGCUGCAGAGCUGUGGUGAUGGCGGGAAGUCUGGUGGCCGGCUCGGGUCUCCUCUCCAGUUUCUUCGUCACAAGUUUACCCGCCAUGUUUGUCACUGCAGGAUUUGUUACAGGUGUGGGUUUCUCCUUGAUGUACACACCUUGCCUGACCAUGGUAGGCAGGUACUUCAAGAAAAGACGGGCUCUCGCGAACGGCCUUGGCGUGACAGGAACUGGACUCGGAACUUUCAUUCUACCUCCAUUUUUCCAGUACAUCACUGACGAGUACGGCUGGCGGGGAGCCCUACUUAUAACCGCAGGGGUGGCCCUGCAAGGCCUGGUGAUUGGUGCAUUGCUAAAACCUAUCUACCUCAAGGACGAUCUCAAAAAUCGUGUCACCAAAUCGACUCGAGACAAAAGUGGAUGCUGUACGCGCAUAUUCAACUUUUCUCUCUUUAAAAUACCGAUUUUUGUGGUUUUUGUGUUUUCGAAUAUGUUCAUGCAGUUCGCUAACUCCAUCCCCUACGUGCAUCUUGUGGCCCACGCGAGACAUGUCGGGAUAGAUGCACAGAGAGCAGCUUUCUUAAUCUCAGUCAUCGGCAUUGCCGAUGGAAUUUCUAGAUUAGCGUACGGCUGGCUGUCCGAUCGUGGGUUGUUCGUUCGCCUGCGGGGCUACAUCGUGUGUCAGCUUGGAUGCAGUUUGAGCCUGGUGUGCUUGCCCUUCGCGGAGUCGUACCCUGCCAUGGUGGUUUGCUGCCUGUGUUUUGGAGUUUGCGUCGGCUGCCUCGCCACCCAGACGGCUGUGUUCGCGGCAGAGUUCUGCGGAGUGAGCCGGCUGGCCAGCGCGCUCGGCAUUCUGUACGGCCUCGCAGGGUUCCCGGCGCUGUUCGGCCCGCCAAUCGCAGGUUAUCUGUAUGACGUGACCGGAAACUACAACGUGUCGUUCCACGUGGCCGGAAGUGCCCUCUUCUUCAGCGUGCUUCUCAUGACGACAGUGGAAAUUUACCUCACCAGAACUGCGCAUGCCCGGGAGUAUCACGAGAGAACAGUUAAUGGUGACCUUGACCUUGCAGCAUCCGGAACAGACAAGGGCAUAGAAGAGUCGAAGAGGUUAAAUGAGGACAUGAAGAACUGCAAGGCACCGUUUCUUGUACAAGAGACAACAGUGUAA